UCCUUGUGUGUUUUCAGUGUGAUUUGUAAUUUGUAGGUGUUACUGUGUGCUUUGGAGAGUGGGAAGGGACAGAGUAUGGUAUUUUCAGUGUCAGUUUAUCCCGUGCUCUUACCUGGUGGGCUUCCUUGGCGGGGAAGGCCACACUGCCGAUGCACCAGCCCAGAGCCCGUACAAACAAUAAAACAAGUGCUGGAAAGUGCAUCAUAAGAGAGAGAAUGGCCGAGUAAUUGGUUAUUUCCGUACAGAGGAGAAGCACCAGGUCAGAGUAGUUGGGUGCAUCACUCCUGAAAUACUCGCGUGCUCUGUGACUGGACAUGACACUCAUGAGGAUUGAAGAAGAGUCAUUUCCCACAAAAUCAUGGAUAAAAUGAAGCUGUAAAACUUCUGACCACCCAGAAAAUACUAGAGGAAAAAGAGAAAACAGUAAACAAGAGGAGUGAAGAUACCAGCUGGCUAAUACAGUUCACUUACCAAACAAGAGGAGGAAGAGGAAGCCACAGCAUAACAACAGUUGGCCAGACACCAUUAAAGAUACCAUAAUCACCCUGCCACCACCAAAAUGUCCUUUCCCACAAGCCACAAGACAGUUUUCGUGAUGGACCACACCCUGACAGCCUCCUCAGGGGUGAAACUCGAGAUGGACAGUUUCAGCAAGUGUCGCAGUGGCAGCAGCAGUAAUGGAGGGGCCGGCCCGGUACAUCUCCAGCCCAUGAACCUCAUCCCACUGCGCCCAGUCACCAAGUCACUCUGGACCUGCGCCGUGGAGGCCAUCACAGAAUAUUGCAGGAUUGUGUGGGAUAUAUUUCCUGGAUCCAGGUUAAUACGCUUUGUUGCCGUUGACAAGACCGCCCACAAACUGUCAUCCUGGAACCCUGAAGAUCAGAAUUUGACCAGUCUUAUGAAUGCUUUCAUGAUGCUUGGGCCAGCUCGGGCUAUUGGCCCUGGCAAGCUGGACCUCUUCAAGGGUCUCAGGACAGCCAUAGAGAUUUUGAUGGAGCCUUCAGCUGUCCAGCAUGAGAAACGAACCUCCCUCACUGAAAGUGCCACAAAAGUUCUCAACAAAGGGAGAAUUAUUCUUGUGACAAAAAUUGACACAGAAGAAGAAGUUAAAACAUUAAAAGACAAAUUUCAUGACACACUUUUAUACUUAAACAAGGUGGCUGCAGCAACAGACAAUUUGAUGGCCAUUAACCACUGUGAUCUGGUCCUCCUCAACCUGUGGCCUGAUGGUCCCCUGUGCCCCAUGCCUUGGCGGUCAUGGCCUGAUGUGUCCACCAUCAUGUCCUGUGAAUUCACCAACCUGCAGGGUGGUGUGUCACUUGCACCAAAACUCUGCAACCUGGUGUUGAAGCAUUAUGAUCUUGCCUCAACCACAGUCACUGGAAUACCCAUGAAAGAGGAGCAGAAUGCCAGCUCUUCAGCAAACUAUGAUGUUGAGUUAUUCCAUCCAGCUGCUGCUCAUGCUGCAAUCCUCAAGGGCAUACCAACAGAGACUGCCCACCUAAAGACCUACCGUGAGGGUGCAGACUACGAGACUGUCACCCUGAAGUGGUGCACCCCUCGCAGCAAUGCCAACGUAGAGCUCCAGCACUGCUCCUCAGCCUACCGCAUCACUUCCGUUGACGUGAACAGCCGUCCCUCGUCCUGUCUGACAAACUUCCUGCUCAACGGCCGCUGGGUCAUGUUGGAAAUGCCACGCAAGUCUGGGAGUAAAGUUAUAUCCCACAUGCUGGCUUGUCAUGGAGGGGACAUUUACAUCCACACAAUGUACACAUCUCGUAGCAUCUUGGAAGAUCCUCCUUCCAUAAGCGAAGGGUGUGGAGGCAGGGUUACUGACUACAGGAUUCCUGACUUUGGAGAAUUCUUAAAAGCAAACAAACUGGCACCAUACCCAGCUUCUGCCUUGAGCAGUGAUGACAAUGCUGUGUCCACACCCCUAGUGAAGAGUAGAGAACAGCUGAGCAGACACACCAAAUACUGGCCCAUUACUCUCUCUGCUACUUCACUCUUCACGCUGGGUCCACAGGUUGAGCCACUCACCACAUUGAUGGUGAAAAGCACACUUACAGAUGAUGAAGUUGUUGAAUGCAAGCAAGUGAUUCUGUGCCUGAUGAGCAUGGAAGCUCGUGGUGAUCCUCUGCCCUCCCCCAUGGCCGGCCGGGGUGGCAAGGGCAUGAAACGAGAGGACCAGUACAGGGCCGUGUGGGCUGAGUUGGAGCAGUACCUGCAGGUGCACUUACACACGGCAGCUCAUGAAAAAGUGUUGAAGUGUUUCAUGGACUGUCACAACAAGGCAUCGACACCGGAGUACAAAGGAGAUGAGAAGGUGGAUAUAGACCAGGCCUUGAAGGAACUGGAUGACUACAACUUCAUGACAGAGAGGGAGAAGCAAGAAUUCAACAUGGGGGGAAUGAAGCAUGUCCCUUCAGACCUUCCUCUACCAGAGAGCAAGCGACGGCGCAGUGCCCCGCCACCGCUCACCCCAAUGGGACGCAGCAGUGGGGUCAGCCUGCUCACACUGUGGGAGAACAAGGUGUCCUCGGAACAGUCUCGGCGCUGCCUUGAGUUUCAGGGGCGAUUACGAGCAGAGGGAAAUGUCACCAAGCUCUACAUCAACCUCCAGAAAGAUAAAGAUAAGGAUGAUGGUGGACCAAGAAAAAAAAAUUGAGGUAAUGUGUUUUUUAGAAUUUAUGUUGUUGGUGUAAUUGAGGUUUUUCAGGUCCAUUGUUGUUCAUCAUGUCACAUCUAAUACUAUUACAGUCAAUUAUUUUCACUCACUCACACACAGGCUGGGAAUCCCAUCCUUAAUUCUAAAAUAAACAAAUUUUUCAAGUGCUGUGUGUUCCAAAUUCACUUCAGACAUUUUCUGAAGGUAUGUUGUGCAUUGAUGCAUUUUUUAAACAAGUUACGGUAUUUCAACUUAAGGAUCAUUCUCACUAAGUAGAAGUAUGCAUUUAUUGUUUAUCUGGAAUACACUGAUUCCAAGCAUUCCAGGUAAAGGAUUCUCAACCUGUAUUUGAGUAGUUAGGACAGCUAUUUAAGUCAUAACAGUACCUGAUAAUUUUAUUAGAAUAUUUGUAUAUAAACUUUUGCAAUGUGUAUAGUUUCUGGUUCUUAGCACUGCAGCACUUGUAUCACCGCCAGGAUCAGUGAAAAUUCAUCUAAUUCUUAUGUGUAUUGUAAAAAAAAUCAUGGUUUUCCUUGUUACAUACAUCAUACAUCAUGUACCAAAUUUCUCUCCCAAUUGAAAUACAUUAUCUUGUAAUA